GCAAACCCGCGCGUCUCUCGUGCGACACGGCCUCGCAGAGCGUGAUCCGCACCCUGCCGGACUUUCUCGCGGCACAUCCUCGCUCCGAUCGUCGUUGCCGGGGCCGGAACCGACCUGGCCUGCGCUGUUCUGGGCGCAUCUCAGGAGCUUGUUCCGGCGUCCCGACUGUCCAGGCCCCCCCUACCAGGUCCCGGUGCUUCGGGGCCCCUCCUCGUCGAAUCCCUCCCGGUCUUCCAUUUUCCUUCUUUUCUUCCAUUCUCCCCAAGUGUCAUGUCGCGUCUGUUCCCCGUCUGUUCCCACUGAUUGCUUGUUUGCCCUGCGGGAGAAUGGUCUGCCUGCUGCCUGUGUCCUCCAGGUAAAUUGAUUGCGCGCCGCCAACAUGGCGCUUCUCAGCCCGACCUUCGUCAUCGGUGUCCUCGUCCUGCUCUACCUCUCCUCCUUCGUCCUCUUCGCCGUCCUUCGAAUCGUCACCGGAGUCUCGAUCCAGCGGAUAGGCUACUUCUCCCUCCGCCGCAUUGCCUACACGCCCAGGGACGGCAUUCGCAUCGAGGUCCGCGGCCUGGGGCUCAACAUCCACCGCCCGACCUUUGCACAACCCACGUGGCUCAGCAUCGUCCUCAGCGACCUGACCGUUACCGCCGAUUUCAAGAAACUCGACGAGCGCAAGACUGCCAGGAACGAGUCGCCGCGAAAUGCACAUCGCAAGACAGAAAGUGCCGAGGACGACGAGGUAGACCCGCUGCUGGGGGUGCCUCCUCCGGCUCAAGCCAUUGCCAGAUCCGAGGCCGAGACUUGGGCGCGCCUCCACAAGCUCAAAGAAAAGGUGAAGAAGCUGCAUCACAAUGUGAAGUGGCUGCGCAUGGUGGAUGUAGUGGUGACCAACUCGGUCAUCGACGUGGUCGACGUGGGGAGCCUUCAGGUCGGCAGCUUGACGCUUGCAGUGGAUACGAGACACAAAAUGGCCGAUCGAGCUCGAUUCUUCUUCCACCGACCCGACCAUGCAAAGGAAAACGCCGAGGCCGAGUGGAUCUUGACCAUACGCAGUGUCUUCCUCGCCGUCGACGGCAACGAGUCGCUCCAGAUCCUCGACCACGCCCUGCUCAACGUUCACGGCUUCUUAUAUCCAACACAGGAAGGUCUCCGGGAUGCGACUGUUGCUUUGAAGCUGGGCAGAGUCCAGAUCCCCUACGAUGAGCUGCACCACUGUGCGACCAAGUUUAAGCUGUCUCGCAAAAAGUUACAAGUCGCAAAUGUGGAAGAUCCGGUGGAUAUCUUCGUUAGCAAAGUACAGGAUGAGCCUCUGGGCGAUGCAAACGAACACUUGAUGAAGACAGUAUCCGACUCGAAGCAGUUCUUCAGCUCCAUCCUGCGCGGCAUCAAAGAGGUGCAGUUUGCGGUCAGCUUUGUCGGGCUCGUCAAAAAGGUCGAGUCUGUCAACCCGGCGGCCAAACCCGUGCAUCUCACCGCUUCCAUGAAGGAGGUUGGCGUCGACCUGCACCGCCUGGAUCCAAAGUCUCCCGCGCAUCGCAUGUACUUCCCGUCCACGGACAUUGCCCACGAAGCCCUCGUGGCCGCUCUAUCGAUCUCGGUUGGCAUGGACGAUGGCCACGGCAAGCCUCAGCGGAUAGUGUACAUCCCAAUGGCGACCACAACCAUCAGGACCACCUUACCGUCAAAGACGAUCCAGCUCUCCGGGGUGGACAGCUUUGAGGAAAAGAAUGCCAACAUUCUCUUUGCCAACUCUGUUGUUACCUCCCCAUCUAUCGACCUCGACCCACGACACCUUCCUCUCCUGAUUGCUAUGAUGCGAUCCCGGCCAAAGCCUCCCAAGACGGAGCAGAGGAAGAAGCAGAAAUAUCUACUCUCUCAACUGCUUCCGAAGGCGAGCAUCAAAUUUACCAUGCACGAACCUGUCCUGCGCAUCAAGCUCAAUCCGCUGGGCAAGACGGAGGACCCGGAUGAUUACGGUCUCAUUAUCUCCUCCAUCUCAUCCGUCUCCCUUGAUGCCGAAUCAUCUCACUCACCCCUCGAAGACUUGCACUAUUCUCUGGAUGGCGCAAUGAGACUACAGUCUCACCACCUAUACUACCAAGCUGUUUCCGGCGAGAGGUUCGACUUGAUAACAACGGAGUCAUUCGACCUCAAAGUGCACUUAGCAGCCAACCCAGAAGUUUCCGUCGACGCUACGAGCAAUGUCCAGUCGUUCUCAGUCAGUAUGGUGCGGCCGGAGAUUACAGAUGGCGUUCGUCAGAUUGUACGCCAGCUGCGCACCGACGUUGAGCCAACUAAGCGAGCCACACCCAAGUCCAGACGGCAUCCCAACUUCCUGAGAGCGCUUCCCGAGUGGCUCUUCCGCUAUCAGGUCACGGCGAAUGAUGUCAACAUUGAGAUUGCUGGCGUAGAUGAGGAGAUAUCGGACGACAGCAAAGGCAUAUCCCUGCAUAUUGACGGCCUGUCGGCAGAGUAUCGUGCUCAAAGGUUGGACGGCUUGGAACGACGGAUGCUGAGAAGACGGACUCACAGUAGGUCUCUCACCCAGUCAGACUCGGAUUUCGCGUCUUCCAGUCCUACUAGAGCGAGGAAGCCUCCUCGCACGAUCGGCGAUGGUCGUCGUCUGGUGUUCAAUGCCAAAGGUAUUGAAGCUCAAAUUAUUGAAACUGCCGACCAGCUUGAGCUGGAGCCUUUCAUCAACGUGCCGCGUCUGGAGUUCUCGCUCUCUGCGUCCAGCGACAACCAUGGCCCGGUGUUCCAUAUUCAGUUCUCGAUCCGCUCCAUCAUGGUGCAGUACUCUCUCUACCGCCACUACGCUGUGGGCGUUGCUAUGAAGACUCUUAGAAAGGCCUUCAUGAAGACUACCGGUGAUGCGCCGAGAGCUUCUCAGCAGGAUUUGCCCAAGUCAGAUCUUCUUGUCCCUCCUACCACCUCUGACUCUAUAAUCGUCGAUGUCAAAGUCGCCUUGGUCCAGAUCAAGGCGGAAAUGCCCCAUGACCCGAUGAUUAUGCUUCAUAUCUACAGUCUGGAUGCCGGGCGUCAGAGAUGGCUUUACUCUGGACGUCUUGACCUCCGAGAGUCCAAACACAAGUCCGCCCAAGGAACCACCACGGAAGAAAAGCUUGUAGACGUGUCGGCUGAGGCGAUCCGCAUCGGUAUACCGCACGAGGUCAUUCAGCUGCAGCAUCGCUUCAAGACGGGAACAAACGAGUACAUUCUAGAGAAGAAGCCCGAAGGGCCCAAAACAGUCCCCAAAAUGGAGGACGGGCGUAUGGAGCAGGUACAGAGGCUGACCAGAGACGAGGCGUUCCGUCUCAAGUUGAACCGAACUCGGUCCCGGUCUGCUUAUUCUCACGGACGAGGCCGCGAGGUUUCGGCGGAAGAGGCGCGCCUUCACCUGGAUAUGUUCAACGCCCAAGCGUGGAAGAAGAGGAUCGACCGAGCCUAUCAGGUAUCCAGCGAUGGUGUCAAAGACGACAUCGAGGAGACGGAGAAUAUCCUGGAGGUGCCCCCAAGACCAGCGCUGAUGGCUACUUACAUAUCCAACCUCCACAUCUCUGUUGAUAAGCCCACUCUCUUGGUGCCCAUGCACAUUUCCGUCGACAUGGGCGAAGCUCGGCUCCAAGCCGAAUUCAGGGGCCUUGAAUCCACGGAUCCUUCUGCGUCCAAAGAAGGAAGCUUUGCCAUUGAAGUUAGGCGCACCCUUGGCCCCGUCAAAUCAUUCUCGGAUCCGGCAAUCCAGGAUAUGAUGAUGGUCGUUGAGUCCUUCACUAAGCCGCAGAUCGACCCCUCUGAGCGCGUCGAGGAUGGCGAUAUGCAUUUCGCGAUGAAGGGCACGCGCGAUCCUUACCAGGUCACUGGACAUGGCGCCGGCUUCCUCAUGUGCUGGCGAAACGACAUUAGAUGGAACAUCAACGCAGAGGAUAACCCGAAGAAGUUCAUGACGGUGGACAGUGGCGAAUACGCCGCCCGACUCCGAGAUGACGAUAGCAGCCGUCUUGCCAACGACCAUAUGAGGUGUGGUCCGGCUCAAGUGCAACGAAGCUUUGACUUCAAGCCUCACUACGAGGUUGUUCUCAAGAACCCGCUUUUUGCUAAGCCAGACGAGAACGGAUUGCCAUACGAUGCUAUGCGCGGCUUCAGGACUCCGGCGGACCGCGAAUGGAUGUCGCAGAGCCUCGAGCCAUCACGAAGCUAUAACACGAUCCAUCUGACUCCUCGAUUCUUCACGCACUUCUUCGCCUGGUGGGGCCUCUUCAGCGGGCCCAUGUCGCUCCCCAUUCGGCAGGGCAGCCUGUUCCCCGGACGAGAGAAGAACAGCAAGAAGUUUGGAAGACAUCUGGCGACUGUCAAUCACAUCUAUAAGCACAAGGAUGCUGAAGACUACUCUGAGAACGCCGUCUUCAUGCUUGACCUCCACCAGCGCCGAGAAGAGUUCAACACGAUUGCAAAGACCAAGAACUCACCUACACACUUGGACUUGGCAUGCGCGGACCUUCGAGCCGCCAUCAGGAAGGCAUCAAUUUCGCACCUUACUCUUGAUCAGGACGACAAGCCGGAUGUUUGGAUCGACAUGGACGAUUUCGUCGAGUUGGAUUGGAUUCUCCCCACCGAGGCUCAUCCGGAGACGAAGAUUUUGCCCCUUGCCUAUGUCCCUCGACUGACAUACUUCCGUCAGACCGACAUUGGGGGCAUCAUUGCUGGCGAUCCUACGAGAACAAGCCCCGAAGAAAAUGACCCGAAGAGCGUGCAAGCACAGCUGAUCAAGGAGCGCCUGGAACAACUGGACGAGCAGAUCCGGGCGCAUAUCCGACACGUGGGCGAGGCCGAGUUGAAAGUGAUACGCACCGACUCCAAGGACCAGGAGAUGCUCGAAGACUUUGACAUCCUUCGUCAACAUUCCAACGUGCUUCUACCGACCAACGGCCAACCCGAACACAUGGACAUGCCUUCGAUCCCGUCCAACGCGGAAUUUGAAAGCGAAUACGAGAACCGUUUCGUAAUUCACAAUAUGCACCAGCGGCAGCCAGCGUCAGAUGCCGCCAAAGAUCUUGAAGACCGAAUCAAGGGAAUACUGGGCGAUGGGCGCAAACGCUCCAGCACGGGCUUUACAAUCAACAGCAAUGGCAGUGGCAUAUCCGAUGAGUAUAACCCGCAAUGCAGCUAUCACGUCCGACUCAUUGCUCCGCAAAUCCAGCUGCAGAUGGUGGAAGUCAUGGACAAGUCGAGAAUCGCAGACAAUGUCAGCGGUCUUUUCUUCGUCACGCACCAGAAAUGCAAGUAUGGCACGCCUACCGGCUCCUCAUGGCCACCGUGGGUCCCCAUGGAGGUCAUGUUUGACUUCCGCACCGACCCGUUCGGCUUCAAGCGCGUUGUGCAGAAGACGUCGGCCAUGCUUCGGUAUGACAAGUACAAUACGCUCCGUCUAAAGUCCAACGACGAGGUCAAUGGCGAGCGUGUGGACAACCUCUGGGUGGAGUUCCCUCAGGCUCGCGCUCUCUGCAACUCAUCGCAGUAUUACGCAAUCGAGCCGCUGGAGAAGACGAGGAAUGAGCGUCUGGAGAAGAUUAUACUCGGGUCCGACUUUAGUGACCUGAGCGGAAUCCCGGAGAUGGUGAUGAAGCUGCAGGAGCGGAUCAGACAGAUGGAGGAGAUCAAGUCGCACUUCCAGACGUAUUCCUUGUUCUUGGACAAGAAGGGCUCGCAGAGGAGGUUUGAGAAGAACACGCAAUCAAACGCGCUGUUGAAGUGGAGCAUUUCUGUCCGAGAUAUCCCGCUGGUCGAACUCCAGCUUAAGGACUUGGAGUACGACCGCACCGACAACGCGGACGGCUCCCACAUGAACCUAGUUCGUGUUGGGAAGCUGCUUGGCCUCAACCUCCUGCCCGACGCGACGCCCAGCACUCGAUAUGGCGACGAUUCCGACAUGAUCCGGGUCUACUGGUACAUGUUGGAGGCCAUUGCGGGCAUCCCCGUGAUGGAGCAGUUCGAGAUUGAGCUGUUCCCCAUCAAGAUUCAGCUGGAACGCGAAGCGGAAGAGGAAGCCAAGACGAACCCUUCGAUUGUGGUACGGCGCGACUCCUCGACCGAGGCAGAUGAAGAAGGCAACGAGUCCCAGUCCCCCAAGAGCACAAUCAGCGGGCGUGGCACACCUGGCACGCCUGGACUGGAAUCGUCUUCCUUCUCCACGCGCCCGGGAUCGCUCGAGCUGCACGAGAGGACUUCGAAGAGGACCCUUGGCGUUAACAACGGCGAGGGCGGCGGCGGCGGCGGCCAUUUCAGACUGUUCCCAUCGGUGGAAUCGCUGCGACCCAUGACGGCCACUCCACGACCCGGUGUGAUUGACAGCCGCGACUCGGACUCCAAGAAGGCGUCCCGCUUCGGCUUGAGGAGCCGGCACAACACCGAAGACAAGCAGAUGUCGGACGAUCUCACCAAGAUGAUUGAGCGGGCCAACAACUACAUUACCUACAAGGGCAAGGACCAGCGCAAUUUCGAAGACGUGCACAAUUUUAACAAGACAGCCCUCAUUUCGCACACGGGCGCCAUUAUCGGAAACAAACUGCGGGAGCUGGCGAGCAGCUCUGCCCUCAUCUCGCCCAUGGCCUCGAGCCUGUCGCAGAAUUACGCGCCCAGCAUACACGACAGCGAUGACUCGGCCAGUAUCAGCAUCCGCAGUGGCAUCCCGGCCCCUCGAUCUGCGAGUCGCAGCAGCGGCUCUACGCACAACCUUCCACAGAUGCCCAACCUGGCCGUUGAGCUUCUCCGACCGUCCUCCAGUCAGGGCUUAGGAUCGCAUCGCAGUGGGCUGAUGAGGACCCUGUCAGGCGGCAGCGAUUCAAGGCCUUCUACCAGCGCUGGCCAUCUUGACACGACCGACCGCAAGAGAAAUGGUGCCGCCAAUGGCGGCAGCAGCAGCAGCAGCGGAGGAUUUGGGCUGAGAGACAAGCUUUCUGCUCUCACGCAGAGGAUGAGGGAUCGUAGCGAUAUCGUCGUCCCCGUGCAGGCCAACGAGCCUGAGCCGAUGAACGACGAGGAGGCCGCUGCGUCUCCCACCACGACUGUGGAUAUGAGCGAAGAAAGGUCAUUGAGGGCCAAGAGGAUGAGCUG